CAAAAGCUCAUACUUUUUUAUCUUUUUUAUUUUGAGCCUCACCUUUUGUACGUAGAACAAGUGUCAGGCGCAAACUCUAUGUCUUCUUCUAAUUCCCCAAACAAGGGAACUUAUUGGUGUUCAUGGUUCGACGCUGAGUUUCCAGCAGCGGCAAUCGACACGAAUUUUUUCACUCAUGUUUAUUAUGCUUUUCUUUCUCUUAACGAGAACACGUUUCACCUCGAAAUAGAUGCACCAACAGCUGUUUUGCUAAACAACUUCACCACCACCCUUCAUAAUAAGCGGCCUGCUGUGAAAACGUUGUUUUCCAUUGGAGGUGCCAGCCAAGGCACAUUAAUCUUUUCGCGCAUGGCGUCAAAUCGUGAAUCCAGGAGAAGAUUCAUCCUUUCCACUAUAGAAGUGGCAAGGAAGUAUGCUUUUGAUGGGGUUGACCUAGAUUGGGAGUUCCCUGAAACACCAGAUGACAUGAACAAUUUUGGUAGCUUGCUUGACGAGUGGCGUGCGGCUGUCAAUAAUGAAGCGAAUAAAACCUCUAGGCCCAAACUUCUUCUUGUUGCAGCUACAAGGUACUCCCCAACAAUUGACUGGUUAAAUCUUACGUACCCGGUAGAUUCUAUAAACAGAAAUUUGGACUGGUUAAAUGCAAUGUGUUAUGAUUAUCACGGGUCAUGGGACGUUUCUGCAACUGGGGCCCCAGCUGCAUUAUAUGAUCCAAAUCCAAAUGGCAAUCUGAGUACGAGUUAUGGUCUACAAUCGUGGAUCGGACAUGGACUCGCAAAAGAAAAAUUGGUUAUGGGUUUGCCACUAUAUGCUCACACUUGGCAACUAAGGGAUGAAGCUUUAACUGGUAUCGGGGCUCCAGCUGUGGGUGUAGGACCAGGGAAUGAAGGCACAAUGUCUUAUGUAGAAGUUCAAAACUUCAAUGCCCAAAAUAAUGCAAUAGUAGUGUUUGACCAACAAACAGUAUCUACUUAUUCUGUUGCGGGGAGAUCUUGGAUCGGGUAUGAUGACGUUCAAUCAACAAGAUCAAAGGUAGCAUACGCAAGACAACAAAACCUGCGUGGAUAUUUCUUCUGGCAUGUCGGAUGUGAUCAAAAUUGGAACAUCUCCCGAGAAGCUUCCAUAACAUGGGGUCCUUGAAAAGCCAACGCCAAGAGGAGUGAAUCCGUAUUUGUGUGACUGUGAAUUACACUUUUACGCUAGUUUUUUUUGUAAAA